GGUGUUAUUGGGCCGAAUCAUAUGAGAUUUUUCCAUUUUUUUUGGCCGGUAAAGUAUCCUCCCGCUCAGCUCCUCUCUUCCUUUUCCAGCGCCGCCAACUCUGGCUGCGUGCAGUUCUUGGUUCUUAACUCCUACUCCGCUCGUUCUUGGUUCUUGGCAUUCGAUCUGAAUUAAAGCGGAGCAUAACUUCGACUCCUACAUCCAUAUUUCUCAGCCAUGAGAAGUCUCCGCCCAAUAUUCAGUCUACCUCUUCGAAGGUCCGCUCACUUGGCGGUAAAUUACAUCAGAGAAGUUAUCGGAGUUGAAACAUCCCGCCGGUGGUUUGGUGAUCACACGGGCUCAAGAAACCCCGCGGAACUCGCGCAUGAGAUUGAAAAAAUCAGAAUCGACUUCGAGGAUGUCCAACUGUCCAUCCUCGACAUCCCGCCGGCGCUAAGAAGUAUGCCUGCGAUGAAACCUGAAGAUAUCUACGUGAAUAAGAAUCUUAGGCUGGAUAGCAUCCAAGUGUAUGGUUUCGAUUACGACUAUACACUGGCUCAUUACUCCAAGAAUCUGCAAAGCUUGACAUAUGAUCUUGCCAAGGAGUUUCUUGUCAGCGAGCUAAAGUAUCCCAAGAGCUGCUUGCAAUUUGAAUAUGAUCCAUAUUUUCCCGUCAGAGGCCUUUACUUUGACAGGCGGAAUGGCUGCCUUAUGAAGCUGGACUUUUUUGGGUCAAUAGAGCCUGAUAGUUGCUUCCUUGGACGUCAGAAGCUUAGCAGAGAAGAAAUUAUAAAGACAUAUGGUUCAAGACAUAUUGGCCGAGAACAAGCACGGGAGUUGAUAAGCUUGAUGGAUUUCUUUUGCUUUAGUGAGGUAUGUCUUCUUGCAGAUGUUGUGCAGCAUUUCAUAGAUGCUCGGUUGGACUAUGAUGCUUCCUAUGUAUAUGACGAUGUUAAACAUGCAAUUCAGCAUGUGCAUGGAAGUGGAGUUCUUCAUAGAACUAUUCUUUCUGAUCCCGAGAAGUAUUUGAUGAAAAAUGAUAAAGUACUAAAGUUUCUAACUAAGCUUAAGGAGAAAGGGAAAAAAAUAUUCUUAUUGACCAAUUCUCCAUAUUAUUUUGUCAAUGGGGGAAUGAGGUUCUUAUUACAGGACGGCGGCAUUUAUAGAGAUUCCUGGAGGGAUCUCUUUGAUGUUGUGAUUGUUCGUGCUAAUAAACCAACCUUCUACACUUCCGAGCAUCCCUUCAGAUAUUAUGAUAUUGAGAAGGACACGGUAACUUUCAGAGCAGUCGAUAGGUUUAUACCAGGCCAAGUUUACUAUUAUGGCUGCUUAAAAUCGUUUCGACAAAUUACAAAAUGGAAUGGCCCUGAGGUGAUAUACUUUGGGGAUCAUCUUUUUAGUGACCUCAGCGGACCAUCAAAGGCUGGCUGGAGAACUGUUGCUAUCAUACAUGAACUAGAGAAUGAAAUCCGUGUACAAAAUACUGAUGAUUAUCGAUUUCAACAGGCAAAAUUUCACAUAGUGCAAGAGCUGCUGGGAAAAUUUAUCUUGAUGGUAUCUAAAUUUGGUGAACGAGCUUGUGAUUAUCCACUACUGGAGGAACUUAACGAGGAAAGGAGUCGGUGCCGUUGCAAGAUGAGGAACAUGUUUAAUCCAUCAUUUGGGCCUACUUUCCUCACGGACUGUGGUUAUGAAUCAGGUUUUGCUUACCAUUUGCAUAACUAUGCCGAUGUGUACACCAGCAAGCCUGAGAAUUUCCUCGACUACCCUUUUGACGCAUGGCUUCAUGUUCCAUCUGAUAUUAAGAUCCUGUCACAUCAUGUUAAGGUAUCCUCGAGUUUUCUCAAGGAGAAGUAUGAUUGUGAGCCGAAAGAACCAAAGAAAUAAAAAAUAAAGAGAAAAAGGCAUUUUAUAUUUUUCUUCUUUGCCCGGGGCUUCAUUUGCACUGUUAUUAUAAAUAUUUGUUGAUUCAUUUAGUUUUUAGUGUUCUGUUGAAGUUUUACAGCUUUUGCUGUGCAUUUAAUCGUGGACCUUUAAGCGGUGAAAUUGUGCUUGGCAUGGAUUUAUAUGAUGCAGUAUAAUAGUUUCUAUAUUGACAACUUUUUUGUUUCUGCUUUGAUUUCCUGCAAAUAUAUGUACUAGUCCCCAACAUCUAUUAAAAUCAACGUCU